AUGGCCAGCGAUGCAAAUACGGCACCAAAUCCAGUUCGUAACAUCGGAAAAGUUCAAAAGUUCACUGUGGGAACUGACUUCGAGGCAUAUACAGAACAGUUAGGAUUCUUCUUCGUGGCCAAUGGAGUGACCGACGCGAAACAGAAGAAAGCCAUCCUGUUAACCAAUCUUCCCACUGAAACGUACCAACUGGCGAAAGAUUUGAUGGCUCCGACCUUGUUAGGAGAAGAUUCUCUCACGUACAACGCAAUCGUAGAGCGUCUCCGCGAACAAUUGAAGCCACAGAAGUCUGCUUUAGUAGCCAGGUAUGAGUUUGACAACCGAGCACGUAACGCAGGAGAAACGGUGAGUCAAUAUGUUGCUGUUUUGAAACAUCUAGCUAUGGAUUGCAAAUUUAACGACGCCAUGCGUUUGGAAAGGCUUAGAGAUAGACUGGUUUCGGGUAUUCGAGAUAAGAGAAUGAUGUCAGAGCUUUUGAAACUUAAGCUUGAGGAACUAACAUUUGACAUUGCUGUUGCAAAGUGCUUAGCUAUUGAGCAAUCUUACAAGGAUGUUGAAGCUCUCCAGGGGAAUAAAGCGUCAGAAUCAAUCGAUCUAUUAGCCAAAUCAAAGCCAGGCAAGAAGCUUAAAUUCAAGAGAGAAGCCAAGCUUUCAGAGAAAAAGGGUUCUUUUUCCCCCAAGAGAACGGGUGAUCAAAGUUGCUACCGCUGUUUGGGAAUUCAUGAUCACAAAAGUUGUCCAUUCAAGAAAGAAAAAUGCCACCACUGUAACAAGACUGGUCACAUUGUGAGGGCUUGUAAAUCAAAGAAAAAAGAGACACAAGUUUCCCAACCCCCAGUAAAUUAUGUAGACAGCAAUGACGGGGACAGCGAUGAUUAUUUGGCAUCCCUUGAGGUUAAUAAUGUGGGUGACAAGGAUCACGUAAUAUGGGUCAACCCCGAAAUACAGGGAAAGGUGGUCAAGAUGGAACUAGACACAGGGUCAGCGGUGUCUGUACUUCCAUACAAACAAUAUAAGGAACAUUUUAAUCAUGUCAAACUUUCAAAGAGCCUUGUGACACUUAAGACAUACACUGGGCAGAAAAUCACACCUAAGGGAGAGAUGAGAUGUAAUGUUAAGUUCAAGGGCCAGGAAAAAGAGUUAAACCUACAAGUUGUUGAGACGCAGGGACCAGCACUGUUUGGGCGUGACUGGCUGUCCAACAUUCAACUGAACUGGGGUGAAAUCAAAACCUUUAAGCUUAGCAAGACUUCAGAAGGGGGUAUGGCACGCAAAGUGGAUCAGCUACUACAGAAGUACGAGUCUGUAUUCUCCGAAAAUCUGGGCACACUUAAAGGCUACAAGGCGGAUUUGAAGGUCGAGGAAGGCUGCCAGUCCAGCUUUCAUAAACCACGCCAAGUGCCAUACGCACUCCGCCCCAAAGUAGAAGCAGAAUUGACAUGCUUAGAGAAGGAAGGUAUUCUCUCUAAAGUAGAAUACAGUGAAUGGGCGACCCCAAUUGUCCCGGUAGUCAAGCGAAACGGAUUGGUACGAGUUUGUGGCGAUUUUAAGGUCUCAGUGAACCCAGUACUUCUUGCAGAACAGUACCCUCUGCCACGUAUAGAGGAUAUUUUUGCAAAUUUGGCUGGCGGUAGACAUUUCAGCAAGCUUGACCUUCGCCAAGCUUAUCACCAGAUGGAAGUAACCGAAAGAUCCAAGGAACUCCUUACGAUUAAUACACACAAGGGCCUUUUUCGAUACAAUCGCUUAGUCUUUGGCAUCUCUUCGUCUCCAGCCAUUUGGCAGCGUGCCAUAGACCAGGUAUUACAGGGAAUACCUGCAGUGCAUCCUUGA